AUGACUACCACGCCGACGGCGGUAGCAGCUGGGCUCUCGGCCGAGCCAGCCCAGGGACAGACCAUAGAACACGGCGGAAAGCGAUACACAACCAUCAGGGAAGGACUCGCGUACAUCUUGGUGCCCGAGGCAGGGGGCGAUGAGGCCGGCGAUAGCAACAGCAAAAACCCUGACCGGGCGGCGACCUCGGGUGAGGGUGCGCCGCAGACGGUCUUUUACAACCCGAUACAGCAGUUCAAUCGCGACUUGAGCGUGCUGGCGAUCAAGGCAUAUGGAAAGGUCGUUAUGGAGAAGCGGCUGAAGCUUGCGCAGCGGCGCAUGGAGAUGUUUGCCGACAAGAAGAGGAAGAGGCAGGAGAAGAGGGAGCACCGAGAGGACGGGGAGAGGCCGCAGAAAAUUGCCAAAACGGCAGAACAUGAGUCUGCUGCGCCGGCAGAGGCCGCAGAUGCGCAUCCUACUGCGGCGACGGACAAGGCAGAGGCACCUGUCGCUGAACAGGAGGCAGAGAUGGAGACUGCAGCACCUGCUGAUCAGGCCGAGGGAAAGACUGCGGAGACACCAGCGAAGCUGCCAAGCGAUAAGACGCCUCGUUUGAAGAUCCUUGAUGCGCUCUCGGCGACUGGGCUCAGGGCAUUGCGCUACGCCCACGAGCUUCCCUUUCCGACCUUGGUGACAUCGAAUGAUCUGCUCGCGGCUGCAGUCGAUUCUAUCAAGGUCAAUGUGAAGCAUAAUAAGUUGGAAGACAGCAUCCGCGUGAACCAUGGCAACGCUCAAGGAUACAUGUAUAGUGUCCAUGCCGACGAACUGACCCGGAGCAUGCUCGCGCCUUCGGGCAACAAACACCGGCGACAAAGCCCUCAAGAACAACUGAACAACCUAGGUGGCAAGUACGACGUGAUUGAUCUUGAUCCUUACGGCACCGCGGCCACUUUUUUCGACUCCGCGCUGCAGGCAGUCCGGGACGAUGGCGGCCUUCUGUGCGUCACCUGCACGGAUCCGGGCGUGUGGGCCUCGAAUGGCUACCCUGAAAAGGCAUACGCGCUAUACGGCGGCAUACCAAUGAAGGGGUUCCAUUGCCACGAGGCCGGCCUACGUCUUAUCCUCCAUGGUCUCGCUUCAUCAGCCGCCCGUUAUGGUCUGGCGAUCGAGCCUCUGCUGUCGCUCUCCAUAGACUACUACGCGCGCGUGUUUGUGCGCGUGACCAAGUCCCCGGCCGCCGUCAAGUUCCAGGCGGGCAAGACCAUGGUUGUCUACAAUUGCGAUGUUGGAUGUGGUGCUUGGGAAACCCAGCUGCUCUUGAGGAACAGGCCGAUGCCCAACAAGAAGGGCGGCGGCAUAUUUUACAAGCACGGCUUCGCCCUGGGUCCCACGGCAGACAAAGUGUGCGAACACUGUGGCACCAAGACGCACCUCGCUGGACCCAUGUAUGCCGGGAGGCUACACUCGCCCGAGUUUAUACAAUCGAUCCUCGACGACCUGCCGAAUGCAUCAACCGAAGUUUACGGCACAACCGAUCGCAUCAAGGGAAUGCUGACUACGGCGCUGGAGGAGAUCAUGGAUCCCAGACCGGAGGACAGGGAAGCCAUUCCCAAGAAGCAUGCCCGACACGAGCAAGAGGUCGCCGCGGCCAACAAGGGCCAGCAAGAUGAGCAGACAAACGGUGACAAGAGCGAGGAGAGCAAAAACCAGGCAGCCGGCAGCCCCGCCACGGCACCAAAGCUCAGCAAAGAGGAGAGGCUGGCAGAGGUUGAGCCCUACCCAUUCUUCUGGAGCCCGUCCAUGGUGGCCAAGGUGCUGCACUGCCAGACGCCCAACGAGGACGCCAUCAGGGGUGCGCUAAAGGGCCUCGGGUACCGAGUGACGCGCAGCCACUGCAAGCCCGGCAGUGUCAAGACGGACGCGCCGUGGUCGGUGGUCUGGGACGUGAUGCGCGAGUGGGUGCGUCAGAAGGCGCCAAUUCACGAAGGCAGUUUGAAAGAGGGUUCGCCGGGGUGGCACAUUAUGCAUGGAGCGCCGUCAUCGGCUCAGGUGACCAAAGAUGCCGGCGAGAAGAUGGAAGGUGUCGAGGGAGAGCAGCAGCAGCAGGAGAAGAAGAAUGAGGAUGGCCAAGCGAGCAAGUUCGAGGUUGUGUUUGACGAAAAGCUUGGUCGUGAGAGGAACAAGGAGAAGCUUACCAGGUACCCGGUACACCCGGAGAACUGGGGCCCGCGGAGCAGAGCUGUCGGGGAGUAG